GUAGCUAGAGCUGUCGCCCGGACAGCGAGACGUGGGUUCGAAUCUCACCUGGCAACCAUGACGAAUCAAUUUUUUUUAGUUCAUUCUUAUACCUUCAUAUAUACAUAUGUGUUUUAUUUUUUAAUAAAGACAUUGAGUUUUUUUUACAAAUAAGCUUCUUUGAAAUGCCACUAGAGAUACGCUACAUAAUUAUAAAACAAAUAAUAGAAAAUAAGUGGGACAACCCUAUUCGCACCUAAAAUGCCCGCGCGAGUUCGAUGUAUCUUAUAACACAAGUCUGUGUUUCUGCCUUGGGAAAAUUAAAAUUGUCAAAUUUAGUGUUUAUCAAAUCGACCCACGACUGACGCCUGUGUGUUUAUCACUGAAAAGCUGUAUUGUGGUGUUUAAAAUAGUUCAGUUAUAACAUUGCCAGUAAGUGUGUAUCUAUUACCAACAGUCGUCAGUUUUAAAAUUUUGAACCUAAAAUGGAGGUCGUUGAUGUUGACACGUUUUUAAACAAAAGUUUGUUUUAUCAUAUUCUAACUAACAACCUUGGAUGGCCUUGGGUUGAAACCCACUUUAUUUUAAGAACCUACUGCAUCAAUUGUAAAACCAAUGCCGUUUAUUUCCACGACAGACCGUGGCACAUAGUUGCUGAUAUGAAUGAACCAGAACACUUAAUUCAUUUUCUCAAAAAUCCCGAAUUUUGGUGCUUCAAAGGCGAAUAUUUAAUGUAUGAUCACUACCCUUUAGAUGAAUGCGAUUUUUGUACAUAAUUUCACACCAAAAGUACCUUAUGUUAAUUGUUUAAUAGGCUUUAAAAUUUAAACUUAUGCUGUUAACUGAUUCAGAUAAAUCUAUACAGACGUUGCAUCAUCUCAAAAGUUUCAAAUUUUUUGCCAUUUGACGUCCAGGAUGUCAAAUAAAAACCAGGGUGUAACUUUACGAUAUUGUUACGUCUGUAUACUAGUGUAGGAGUAAGUACGUUUAAAAUAUUUGAUUGUAAUAGUUUUAAUUUUGUACUUUUUGUAUUAUACUGAUGUAAGAUAUUGAUCGUUGAGUAUUCAAAGUUAGUU